UUCGUUCCUGCACUUUCGGAUCCACGGUACGCUUCCACGGUUCAGUCUUCUUGGCGACAGUUGACAAAGUGACAAAGUGGCUGCUGUUAUUGUUCUUGACUGUCACUCUUCGUUUUUGGAUGUUGACAACUAGUUGAAGAUUGUAUCACCAAAGCCAAACCUAAUCGUAAAUUGAUCCUCGUCUUGUUGUUGUUGCGGAAACGAUGGCGACCUCCGACGCUCAUCUGGAAUGGAUUACAAGUGCUGCUUUGGUGGAGUUGUUGGAAGCUUCUCAUGGUGUCUUUGGAGAAUUGAUCGAGCCUUCCCUUGUGCUGCAAGGCCUGGCGCUGUCCGAUAAUGUGGGUCGUCUGGAUGAUCCUCACUCUGCCUUGGCCACUCAAGCGAUGCAUUCCUUCUCGAUAUCCAGUAGUGGAGACAAUCCCGAAAUCAAAGUGGAAUUCGACAAUACCACGCCGCAUGCCGUGUCGCUGCGAUGGAUGGACGAAGAAGGACGGGCAUUUGUCAAUGGCACGGUAGAGCCAUUUUCUUCCAUGGUUCGAUAUUCACGCUGUGGACAUUUAUUUCUCGUGUCCGCUGUGAUAGGACCGCAGAAUGAACAGUUGCUAGGAGGCUAUCGCGUGCGCAUGCCCUGUCCUAGUGGAUCUCCUCAUCAGUUGUUAAUAGAAGAAGAACAAGACGCUGCCGGUUCUACUAGUCCCAUGUUCCGCCUAGAGUCUCUGAUAGCGGAUCCAACCGGACACGACGAAUUGGUCAUUGCAGCGGCAGCAUUGGAUUCUGUAGGAGCAGGACCACAACAUGCAGCUUGUUCCAAAACUGUCAAAACACUCCACACCAUUUUUCGCAAUCUACUCGCCCAUCCCGAUGACCCCAAAUAUCAAUCUCUGAGAAUAUCCAAUCCCAAGGUCCAAACCACCCUGUUGCAAAAUGGAGCUGCCCGACAAAUGUUGUAUUGCACAGGAUUUCGUGAAAAUGUCAAGGACGAUCAUUGGAUCUGGAAGUCCAAUGCCAAUCUGCAUGCCAUUCCAGCACGCCUGGAACAGGCUUCCAAACUUUUGCAAUUUCUUUUAGAACGCUCUCAACCUGGGUUUGUGGCAGAACUGGCGGCUACGCCGGUUUGGCAAGGACCCAUUCUCAAUUCCUCCUUGACCAAUGCCAAUACACGGGGAUUUGGAGCUGCUGGGUCGACUCAUUUCCUCAGUGAUGAUGAAAAAUGGAAACGGGCCGAACGGAAUCGACAACGACGGGGACGAGGUGGACGGAAACCCACACCGGGUAGUGCACCGAGUAGUAAUGGACGCUGGGGGCGGUAGAAGCGUACUGUAGUAUCAAGCAGCAAUAUACGUUCAUGGUGUGUGCAGAAGACGAACAGGCACAUCGACGGUGGGCAGCAGCCAAGAUUGAACCGUACUGGGUAUUGAUGUUAUUCGGUCUACCCGUGGAUGGGCUUGGUACAUUGCUAGUUUGAACACAGACAACACCACCAUUACGACAACGCUGCAAUUGGGGGAUUGGCGGCACCCUACGUUUUGUUUCGACGUAACAACGGCUCUAUAAUCUAUGUCGUUUAUCGUCGUACCUAGCUGGUUGACUC